CGCGCAGCUUUGUCAGAAAUUCUAAGAAUUUCGCCGAGAUUGUUCCUGCCACGUAUUUUUUGCCUGAUUUCAGUUGUCUCCGGGACAAAUUAAAUUUUUUCUAACUCUGCGCCACGAUUAAACCCAAGACUGAGUACAUUGUACAUUUUUUUUUAGAUAAAGAAGUAUCGCGAAUACUUCAGUUUAAUAAAUCCCGCUUGGUUUUUGGGUGAGGAUCUGUGGAAAGUAGAGUGCGCGAUAACGGUUACUUAGACCCGAACUUUCGCCAUGUUCCGCAGCAACUUGGAAAGCAGUGGCGCCGCAGACAACUUUACUGCAUUCCACGCAAGGGGAGGACUAAAAAUGUUGGGCCUGCAAGACAUGUAUCUUGAUAACAGUGGCGCCAACUCGUCGGGCACUCUCAGCCCGCCCAGUACUCCUCUGACGCCGCUGACCCCUGACCCGUCCACUGCAGCCCAGACAACGCAUUUCCCCCUGCUGUCGGACAGUGCUGCCGCUGCCAAUACGAUGCUGCUCCAACGGCAGUAUCACUACCACUUGCUGCUCCAACAGCAGCAACAACAACUCGCCCUGGCCCAACACCAAUUGGCCUUGGCGGCCUCGGCGGCGGCGGUCAGCUCUAGUCACCAGCAACAGGACGAGAUUGCGCGAUCCUUAAAAAUUUUUGCGCAGCUGACGACGGGCGCAGCAGAAAACGCUACUGGCUCCACGCAGGAUGUGAUGCAGGAAUUCGCGGCUAACGGCUAUGUGAGCGACGACAUAAGCCGCUUUUCCUACGGCUGUAGUGUGCCGCCGCAGUCGCAGACUCCUCCGCCGGCGGCCCAGCAACAGCAGCAAGGAAUCUCGCUCCCACUGGGACGAAAUUCCGCCCAGCCGUUGGCCAGUGGAGCUACUUUUAUGCCUGUGCCCGCCCCACUUGCCACUCAAACCUGGCUGCACAACUACAGGGAGCAACUGAACAACGUGUGGCGCCACAUGUCUUACGUGCCAUCCGCCACAAAUACCGCAGGAUUGCAAGUACAGUCGGCAGCGGUAGCCAUGAGCUCGAAUCUCGGCGUGGGAAUGGGACUGGGACUGCCCAUGCAGGCGGAACAACUGCGAGCUGUCACCAUUCCCAGCAACAAUCUUAACAAGGGGCACAAGCGUUUCAACAGCAACAACAACAAGGCCAAAGAGACCAGCCGUCACUGCGUUUUUUGUGAGAACAACAACGAACCUGAGGCGGUGGUCAACAGCCACACAGUGCGCGACAACUUCAACAGAGUGCUGUGCCCCAAGCUGCGCACCUACGUAUGUCCCAUAUGCGGGGCAUCUGGGGAUUCGGCGCACACCAUAAAGUACUGCCCUAAGAAGCCAAUCAUCACCAUGGAGGAUGCGAUCAAGGCGGAAUCUUUCCGCCUGGCCAAAAGCAGUUACUACAAGCAACAGAUGAAGGUGUAAAGAACACAACCAGCAGGAGCAGAGGCUCUGGCAGCUUCUGAAGCGUUUAUAUAACUCAAAAUAUAUAUACGCGUUCCGAUCGAUGCUGGAUUUACCAGAUAGAUGAUACAUUUAAAAAGCGCCUGGCGCGUUCGAUUUUAUAGAAUUUUAGAAUCAUAUCUCUUGCCUAUAUUUUUUUAUAGUAUAGUCAACGAUCGAUCACUCAAAUCAAAGUCAUUAAUUCAAAAAUGUAUGUCUGUUCCUGUGAGAAGGAAACCAAUUUUGUAAUGGAAGAGUACUCACAAUAUCGUUAUAUUUGUUCAAUCGUCGUGGCCGAUAGAAACAUCUCACAAUCCGAAAGUUAUUGGAAGAAACUGGUCUGCAACUCGUCGCCCUCAUUUUGUUGAAAUGUUCGUUUGCGGCCGAAAAAUUUCGAUAUAUCUUCAAUUGAUAUAUAAUUUAUACUAAAAUUUGAAUAAGAACACUUUGAAUUUCGAACUGUCAAUCGUAAUAAAAAUAAGAAUUUAAUUUUAGACUUGCUAAAGGAAAGAGCAAGGAACACUUUUGUUAAACUCGGCUACAUUUACAUUCUCAUUGUAAAAGUUUUUAAAUUUUUGACAUACUCAGAUUUUGAUAAAAAAAGCGAAUCAUUUUUUUUACUACAUGUAUUACUGAUGUUCAUUCCAACACACAUAUCUAUAUAAAUGUUAUAUAUUUAUUUAAUCGUGUUCUCAUCAAUCAAUCUUUACACAUGUAUUCAAGCUUAUUAUAUGAUAUAAUAUUUUUUAUUUUUUUAAAAAGAUGUACAAAACUGAAGUUGAAACAAUUCUGUGGCGUAUGUGCCAAAUAAAGGUUUAGUUUACAUUCUAA